UUAACAAUAUGGCUGACAUAGAUGUCCUAGCAAACUUUAAGAAAUUGAUGGUGGAAAACCCAGACACACCACAAGCAGUAGCGGCUAUCAGUAUUCUCAUUGAAUACAUAAAUCAAUUGAACUCAGCGGAGACGUUAGUUGAGCUUCGGGAAAAGCUAACAAGAGCAAUUGAUAAAUUGACAAAUAUUGAGAGUUCCGUAGCAUCUGUGGCCUCGGGAUGCGAUUUAUUUCUUCGCUUUAUCACCCUUACAUCCUUAGAUCACCCAGAUUUUCAAGAGUGCAAAAAAUGUCUAGUUGAACGAGGAAAACUGUUUCUUGAAAAAGCUUCAUCUUCUAGAAACAAAAUAACUAAACUCUGUAAACAUUUCAUCAAAGACGGAGCUACGAUACUUACGCAUUCUCGUUCACGAGUCGUUCUAAAACUUCUUAAAUCAGCGGCAAACGAAAAAAGACGGUUCAACGUGUUUGUGACAGAGUCAGCGCCAGAUAAAUCGGGUUAUAAAAUGCACCAGCAGCUGACAGAAGCCGGUAUACCAUCUACUGUAAUCUUGGACGGUGCUGUUGGUUACAUCAUGGAAAAGGUCGACUUUGUUCUCGUUGGGGCUGAAGGUGUUGUUGAAAGUGGAGGAAUUAUCAAUAAGAUUGGCACUUAUCAAAUGGCUAUCGUCGCAAAAUCGGCUAAUAAACCGUUUCACGUCGUCGCAGAAAGUUACAAGUUCGUUCGUCUUUACCCACUCAACCAACAAGACGUUCCCAAUAAAUGGAAGUAUUCCUAUACAUCCAAUCCAAAGCACGAAGAUCAUCCUCUUGUUGACUAUACACCUCCAUCCUACAUCAAUUUGCUGUUUACAGAUUUAGGUGUCUUGACACCGUCGGCUGUGAGCGAUGAACUGAUCAAACUUUAUUGUUGAAAUUGCAUUGAGUUGGGUAAUAAAUAAAAAUGUUUAAAUUCA